UCAGACAGCCUAACAGACAGCCUAAUCCUCACUGUCAGUUAGAGAGUGUCCCUGCUUGUUAGGGGGGGGGACUGACAGGCAGAAUGCGAUGGGAUUCACACGCAGAUGUUUCCCCAUUGACAACGAAAACAACCGGGCUUUAAAUGCGCCCCUCUGGUUAUGCUGAGAUUGGUGACGGGUAAAAAUCCGGCACGGGGACCGGGUGUCGCAUUUCACCACGGAGAAGGCCAGCGGAGCGACCAGCUAAGGCUGCUUAAAAUAGACAGCCUGCUCUAAACAUACAGCUGAAAAAAAAGCUCUCCGCGUCAAGAAGCGAAUUUUCUAGAAGCGGCAGGGAGGCUGAUUAUGCGGCAGAGUGGGCUGUCAGAGAAAUUCUGGACGCCGGAUUUAUCCGCGUUUCGACGGGAGUGCUUCUCUGAAGACUGGCGCCGUGACACGUGGCCAUCGCGCUGCGUGCCUGUGCAGUAGGACUGUUUGGGAGUGCCGCGUCUGGUCUGUGUUUGCCUAGGAAGCAUAUUCCCUUAAAAGUGUUUGCUGCCUGCUUAACGCGUUAGCAAAACAAGAUUUCUGUUCCAUUACAUUUCUGUGACGGAGAACCUCCAUGCGCAAUGUAAACUGUGUGUCAAAUGCAACAAAAAUGAAAGGGCAACAAUACCAAAUAUGUUUUUCUGAAAAUUACAAGUGCUAAAAAUAGUCAUAACACGUCCACAGUGACAGCUUCUAAUCCCACAACUCCACCAUGGCAACUGCAACAGCUCAAACAUAAGGUAGAGUUAGCAAAUGUUAUGACACAAUCCUUCAUCCACCAAUUCAAUUCUGCUGCAGUAAUCUUUAUCACUAGGAACUGUAAAGGCUGGUGAAGGCUGAAGAGGCUCAGGCGUGGCUGAAGAUGAGGACCCUGAGGCAGUGCUUAUGGCUGCUGCUGCUCUGUUUCACCGCGUGGCUUCAAUACGGGGUGGAGUGGGCGCGGCGGGUUUUCGGGAGCAGGACCCUGAGACUGGACCCCGCUGGUCAGAGGGCUGAUCACAGCGAGAGCAGGAAGCCUGAGCCCUGGCGGACUGACCCGGCGUGGAGGACCUACGCCGGCAGAGAGGGACCCACGGUCACAGUGCAGACCAGCACACACGCUUUCCAGGCUGACUUGGGUAGGCUGUCGGAGGCGAGCGAGUACUUCAGGGCCCUGUCCCGGUCCAGAAUGAGGGAGACGGCAGAGAGCCUCGUUCACCUGGAGCACGUGCCCUCGCACGUCUUCCACAACCUGCUGGAGUUCACCUUCCUCGGACGCUUCAGUGUCCCCGAGGAGGAGCUGGGCCUGCACAUCCAGAUAGGUAGCUACCUGCUGGUGCAGCCCUUCGUCUCAGAGUGCCUGAGCUCCCUGGCCAGCGCCUUAACCCCGGAGAACUGCGAGGCCUACCUGGCCUUCGCGCGGGAGAUCUGCUGCCUGGAGAUGCUGGAGGCGGUGCGGAGGUACCUGAGCACAAACCUGCUCGAGCUGGCACACCUGACCGGGAGGCUGGACCCCGAGGAGCGGGAGGAGCUUAUCCGCCUCAGGCUGGGCGGGGCCCGUCGGCUCUGCGCCCUGAGGAAGGAGAACCUGACCUCCGGCAGCCAAUCGGACACAGCCGCCGCCCGCCACCUCUACAGCCUGGCGGGGGAGGAGGAGGAGGAGGGCGGGGCCUGGCGCGCGGAGGCCGAGCUCCCGUUUGCGGCUGACAAGUGGUGCUUCACCACCGCCGUUCUGCACAACUACCUCUACCUCAUCGGGGGCUACAGACACAGGGUCAGGCGGGGGUACCAGUUCAAGAUGGCCUCCUUCAGAUACAACCCCUUCACCCACACCUGGGUUUCCACUGCGCCUCUUAUCAAGCACCGGCGCCACUUCAGCGCGGCGGCCUGCGAGGGCUCCGUGUUCGCGCUCGGCGGCUGGUACCUGGACUCCCUGGUGGCGCCCGACUCCGGCACAGCGCUCUACACCGCCGUGGAGCGCUACGACCCCUGGGCCGACUCCUGGGCCUUCGUCUCCUCGCUGCCGCUCACCGACUUCCGCUUCGCCGUGUCCCUCUCCCACGACGUCCCGCUGGCCACCGCCCUGCACCGCUGCGUCUACGUCCUGGGCACCGUCCAGAGGACCGGCGAGAAGCUGGUGCUGCAGUACGACGUCACACAAGAUUCCUGGUCAGAGCUGCUCCCUACCCUGACCAGAGCCGACGCUGACAUCCCCAGCCUGUACUUCCUGGGGGCGACAGACAGGCUGUUCGUGAUUGGUGGGACCAACUCUGCGAACGUGGUGACAUCGCUGUGCGUGGAAAGCGGGCGGUGGGGGAGGGUGCGCACCACCGAGAAGAUGUGGCUCGCGGGCCAGGGGACCGUCCUCAACGACCAGGUCUACAUGUCAGACGUAGAGCACAACUCCAUCGUCAGACUCGACCUCCGCUCGCUCGCUGUCCACCGCCUCCCACCCUUCCCAAUCCACACCAGCUACGAGGCCCUUUUCCAUCUGCACUUCUAGCACAGGCUCACAAGACUUAAAAAAUAAAGACUUAAACCAAAGCAAAUGUGACUAUUGCCAUUGAAUACCCGAGACCAAAGAGUUCCUUUGUGACAUCAUACAGCUUCCAAAGCUCCCAAAGUGCACCUGUGACGGUCAGUAAAAGUCACAUAGUGUCUCCAUACCAGAAUCAAAUGGCUCGUGACUUUGAUUUUGGUCCGUGUUUCUGUCCAGGAGUAACUAACGUCCUUGCGGGACGGAAGCAUACUAAGGUUGUGAAAUCAAAGCAGGCCAGGUGACUUUGCUAUGAGCUCCAAGGUUGCCAUGGUUCACCACAACGGAAUGUAAACUGCUUUCUCCAGCGCAGCAGAUACUGCCCUUUGGAUUGGAAGGUGGUGCACGAGACGGAAUGCAUUAGCUUUCCACCAAACGUUUCCUGACCCCUUUACCUUCAGCGGGCUGACAGGAGAGGUGAAGCUUAAAUUAUUGUUCAGUAAACAAUCCUCCGUUGACCAGCCCUGCUGUUUGCUCUAUCAGUGACAUGGCUGAACGCAACUGACCUCGUGAAAAAAUACAAAGAGGUGGCAGAGAGGAGUAUCAGAGGGUUAAGUUUUAAAAAGCUGGUUGUGUUCCAAAUAAACACUUAUGCGCCAGCUCAAGAGCUCUAUCUUUCUCUGCUUCCUGCAGUCUUUAACAUGCUCCUAGCCUAGAAAGUUAUAGCAUGAGAAAGCUAUUUAUAG